AUGAGGUGGCCCUGGUGGCUGCCACGCUAUCAAGAGCUCUCCACUGAGAAUUGGUCUCAAACCUCGUGGCAGAAGCCGUCCUGCGUCGCGUCUCCCCGCUCGGCGUCUGAGGUCCAAAGCAUCGUCGCGACGCUCGGCCGCAAAAAUGUCCCCUUCGCGGUGCGCUCGGGGGGGCAUUCUCCCGCCCCCUUCGACGCCAACAUCAAUACGGGCGUGCUGAUCUCCCUGGGCAAGCUCAACCAUAUCUCGUACGACAAGGAGCGGCAGACGGCCGGCAUCGGUCCGGGCGCCCGCUGGGGUGAGGUGUACGCCACCCUCGAUCCGUUCAACGUCACCGUCGUCGGCGGAAGAGUCGGUGAUGUUGGCGUCGGCGGUCUCGUCCUCGGAGGUGGACUCUCCUACCUGUCCAAUCUCUAUGGUCUGGCGUGUGAUAAUGUGCUGGAGUACAAGGUCGUCUUGGCCAACGGCACUUUGGUCACGGCAAGCUCCACGUCGCAUCCCGACUUGUUCUGGGCGCUAAAAGGAGGAGCAAACAACUUUGGCAUCGUCACCCAAUUCACCGUUGCCACCUACCCCAUCAAGGAGGCCUGGGGCGGCCUUCGCACAUAUUCCAUCGAGCAGAUGCCGCAGGUGCUGGAUGCGCUGCAUCAGUACCAGACCGCCGAGGACAAGGACCCGUACGCCAACCUGUUUAUCAGCAUCCCCAUCACCAACGCAACCGACUACGGCAUCCUCGUCACCUUUGUCUACCUCAAGCCGGUCGAGGAACCGCCCGCAUACGCCGCGUUUUACAACCUCACGCCAACUGCUGACGCGACCGCGCUCACCACGCUCAACGAUCUCAUGACCAACUUCCUCCAGCCCGAGUUUCCCAGAUACAACUGGUAUACCACAUCCUUCCGGCCCACCCCUUCCACCUACUCGGGCAUCAGCAACCUGCUCUUGACGGCGCCCGAGGUCGGCAAGAUCCAGGCCCUGACGGGCGGCACGCUGGUGGCCAGCUUCCAGCCCAUCGACGCGAGCGUCGGCGCGCUCUCCUCCCCUUCCUCGUCGUCCACCACCCCUAACCAGCCACCACCAUCAUCAUCAUCAUCAUCAUCAUCAUACGCGGGCAGGCAACCGCAGGGGGAUUGGGCAGGGAACGCGCUGGGGCUGCGGGCGGUGCCGCAGACGUGGCUGGCGCUGCAGCUGCUGUGGUGGGAGGCGGGCGACGACGGGGCGGUGGAGGCGGCGGCGCGGUCGCUGCACGGCCGCGUCGCCCGCCUCUCGCGCGCCGAGGGGUCCUUCCUCGACUACGUCUUCAUGAACGACGCCUCGUGGCGCCAGCCCGUCAUCGCCGGCUACGGGCCCGCCAGCCUCCGCCGCCUCCGCCAGGUCGCCCGCCGCUACGACCCGGACCGCGUCUUUGUCCGCCUGCUGAGGGGCGGGCAGAAGGUUCCCUGGGAGGAGGAGUGA